CCCUUCAGAGGAAACUCCCUCUGUGAAACCCUAGAACCUCCUACACUCAGAUCUGACUCAGGAGUCUGUCCCAGGUCCCCUCUCAGGAUUGGGGAUGAAGUUUCUGAGCAGGAUGCUGUCUCUGGCUGUGAUUGUGUUUCUCCUGCAGAGAGCUGCGGCUCAGACUAUCCUGGACACUUGCUGCACAAGUGGGAACGAUUGGGCGAAUCAGAAGAAGGCUUGCGGCUCUCUGCCCACUGUGUCGGACAGCUUGGAGUGUCGAAUCACCCAGGAGCAAUGCUGCAUGAACCAGUUGGAGGAACUGCACUGCACCACUGGAAUAAACAUUGCCAGUGAGAAGGACAGCUGUCAGAUCAAAGAAGAACAAACCUCUGUCUUCGAAUCUCGCUUUAUAAAGCGAUGCUGUGACUGCUGCCUGCUGGGAAAAACAGCGCAUGUGCAAGGACGGAGCUGUGAGCAGAGCAUUUAUCUGGGAUACCAGUGUGGUCUGGUGUUCAGGGCAUGCUGUGAAAAAGCUCAGGAAGGGUCUAAUGUCCCGGGAAAUGGAAUUAGGGAUGAAGCAAACCCCCCGCUAGUACCUCACUCGGAUAACGAAGACCCUUUGCUGAAUGAUCGCUGUAGAGGUGCUGGACCCUGUACCCAGCAAUGUAUGGACACGGGGACCAGUGUUGUAUGCUCCUGUUAUAACGGCUACCAGCUCCUGCCUGAUGGGGUCUCGUGUGAAGAUAUCAACGAGUGUAUAUCUGGGACACACAACUGUAAAGUGGGACAGAUCUGCAUUAACCUGGUGGGCUCUUUCCGGUGCCAGAGGGAGAUUAAUUGCGGCACUGGAUAUGAACUGACAGAGGACAACAGCUGCAAAGAUAUCGACGAGUGCACUUCGGCCACCCACAACUGCCCCCCUAACUUCAGCUGUCAGAACACCCCUGGAUCGUUCAGAUGUCGCCCUAAGGUGCAGUGCCCAGCAGGAUACAUUCAGGAUGCAGCGGGCAAUUGUAUCGAUAUAAAUGAGUGUCUGAGUCUCAAUGCUCCCUGUCUCCCGGGACAAACCUGCAUCAACACCGAAGGCUCGUACACCUGCCAGCGGCAUGUGGCCAACUGCGGGCGAGGAUAUCACCUGGAUGCGUCUGGCUCAAAGUGUGAAGACAUUAACGAGUGCGCGACCCUCCAGAACCCCUGCGGUGAUGGACACAAAUGCCUAAAUGUGCCAGGAUCUUUCCGUUGUGAAUGCCAGGUCGGCUUCCUCUUUGACCCCAUGUCCAGAACGUGUGCCGAUAUCAAUGAAUGCAGGGGCUAUCUGGGGAGGGUCUGCGCCCACAAGUGUGAAAACACGCCAGGCUCCUUCACGUGCAGCUGCACCACCGGAUUCAGACUGGCAUUGGAUGGCAGAUCUUGUGAAGAUGUGGAUGAAUGCACCAGCAAUCCAUGCAGCCAGGAGUGCGCCAAUGUGUACGGAUCCUACCAGUGCUAUUGCCGCCGCGGGUACCAGCUCAGCGAUGUGGAUGGAGUCACGUGUCAAGAUAUUGACGAGUGCGCCUUGCCGACGGGUGGUCACAUCUGCUCGUAUCGCUGUAACAAUGUCCCCGGCAGCUUCCGGUGUACAUGCCCUCUGACUGGGUACACGCUGGCAGCCAAUGGCCGCAACUGCCAAGAUGUUGAUGAAUGCGUUACCGGAACGCACAACUGCUCGGGAACAGAGACCUGCGUCAAUGUUCAGGGAGGAUUCCGUUGCUUGUCUUUCGAAUGCCCAAAGAAUUACCGCAGAUCUAGUGACAGUUACGAACGAGCUGACAUGGUCCGCUGCAUCAAGUCCUGCCGACCAAAUGAUCUGACGUGCAUUGCUGAUCCGGUCCACACCAUUUCCAACACGGUGAUCUCUCUGCCAACAUUCCGCGAAUUCAGUCGCCCUGAAGAAAUAAUCUUCCUGCGUGCAGUGACCCCGGUCUACCCUCACGGCUUGCAGCCAGAAAUCAGUUUCCGCAUUGCAGAAGGCAAUCUCAGAGACUCCUUCGACAUCCAGAAACGUUACAUAGAUGGCAUGGCAGUCGGAGUUGUUCGUCAAGUGAAACCCAUUGUAGGACCAUUCAACACCGUCUUGAAACUUGAGAUGAAUUACGUGGUUGGAGGUGUGGAGUCCCACCAAAAUAUUGUCAACGUCCACAUCUUUGUCUCAGAAUUUUGGUUCUAAAAAAAGAAAAUUUUCUGAAGAUCAGGCAGUUGCCUCUUGUGUACAACAGUAAUACGUGUUUGUAUUAGGUUUUGUGGCUGAAAUUACUGCUAAGAAUUGGUUCUACACACUUAGUAGACCAGGUAGUACCAACAUCAACAAGUUUUCUUAAAUGUAGAUACAUUUUGCAGACGAUGGCUGAAUAUUAACCUGGCGUAUCUUUUACAAAAUAAAAAAUGCUAGCUAAAAGUAAGGAUGAAAAAAAACUGAAUGUUUUACAGAAUUUUAAUAAAUGAUCAAAAAAAAAUCAAAUUAAUUCCUAAAUAUUUAAGGAGGGAAUACAAGUCACUCAAAACAUGACUUACUCACUGGAAAAUGUUUAAUGAAAGGCCAGUUGAAGCAUUAUUAACAAAACAAUUUUGUAUUGUGCUUUUAGAUCAUUGGGAAAAUGGAGACACAUUUAAAUGUUGUUUAAAUGUUUCCCAAAUUCAAGUUAUAUAAGGAGACAUGAUAGCCAAUUUUCUGAAGAUUUUGUCUUUUGUUUUUUCUUUUUAAAUUAUUGAGGGAAAUAAUAAAAUGAACUUAAUAGUGAUUUUACAUAGACAGUAAAGAUUAUUCUAGCCAACAAGUCUACGUAUCGUAUGGAUGUUCUCAUGAUUCCAUUUUGUAAAUAAAUGCCGUAUCAAACAUUAAAAAUAUUACCAAUAAGGCACUUGCUUUGACUUGUAGUCAACAUGUUGCUAAAAUCUGAAUUUACGGUAAAUGCAUCCAGAAA